UUUUAUGUCAACUUUCUGUUCUGGUUUCAAAUAUUAUCCUUAUUCCUCUUCCGUUCUCUAGUUGACUGUAAAAACAGGCUUUAGCCUUUAUUUUGAGAGAUUGUCACUCAUCGUGAUUGAAGCAGGACACCUUAAAACAAGCCAAAUGGAUGAACUAACAGAGAGUACACCAAGUGCAGGGUAUUAUUAUGAUGAACCAUCUGAGUCUAACUUUUGUGAUAAGAAUGACUCCUUUGAAUUCAGUGCCCUGUUUACCAGCGUUCUGUACUCUGUGAUUUUUGUCUUCAGUCUGCUAGGAAACAGCCUUGUCUUGAGGAUUGUACUGAAAUAUGAAAGCCUCAUGUCCUUGACUAAUCUUUUCAUUGUGAAUCUUUGCAUCAGCGACUUGGUCUUCUCGUGUACGCUGCCCUUCCUGAUCGUGUACAGUUCCUAUGGGUGGAUUAUGGGAGAGUUUCUCUGCAAAGCUGUGAGUGCCAUCUUCUCUAUCAGCUACUUUGGUGGUGUUAUCUUUCUUACCAUCAUGACCAUCCUCCGGUACCUGGCUGUGGUAGAUCCUUUGUCAACACUGAGAACACAGAAAAAAAGAUCUGGCAUAUUGGUGAGUUUGGCUGUUUGGAUUACCAGCUUGUUAUUUGUGAUCCCUGAGAUCCUUUAUAUCCAAGUGACAACUGACAUUGAUGGCGAUUACAGGUGUGAGUACCAAGAGUUUUAUCCCUGGGAGUUGGUGGACUUGUGUCUGAAAGUACUUUUCUUCCUAAUAUCCUUCUUGAUCAUUGCCAUUUGCUACACUGGCAUGCUGGACAUUCUUCUUAGAUCAAGAUCACAAAGCAGGCACAGGACGGUGAGACUCAUAUUUGCCAUUGUAUUGGUCUUUUUUCUGAGCUGGGCCCCUUACAAUGUGCUUGGUUUUGUGUAUGCUCUCUCCUCUCAGCUUGUCAUAAAGUUACAAUGUCAAACCCGGAAUGAAAUUUACUUAGCUUUUGACAUCAGCCGCAAAAUAGCCUACUGCCAUUGUUGCCUCAAUCCGGUGCUCUAUGUCUUUGUUGGGGUGAAAUUCAGAAGGCACCUGAAACUUCUCUAUAAGCAGUAUACUCAGCGCCAUAGAGCCAUCCUACCUUCUAGCCCAAGACAUCAUUCUUCUCAUGCCGGCCCAUACGAGGAACAAUCUCUAUACUAAAGCAAAGACUGCCUGGCAACCUGCAUGCAUUAACCAACCUAAAAGAAGAGAGGAGGGAAAUACCUAGAAGAAUUUCUACAAUGCUUCCAGUACAAGCUCAACAAGUUCAUUUACACAGCCCCACUUCCUUGACUCAGAAGACGAGGGCAAGAAAUACUGCAUGAAUAAUUUGGUUUCUCAUGAACAUUUUGUACCAAAUGUGUGAUGUACAGCUAACCCCCACCUACGGACUGCAAUUCCCAGGCCAGGAUGGCCGGUGGUUCUGAAGUUCAUAGUCCAAAACUGCAGUUUCUCUGUGCUCUGGAUUUUAACUUGAGAAUCUUUUCUAAUCUGCUUUGGAGAUCUUGUGGAAU